AUGCCGUACCCAACAAGCAAUCAAAAAAAAUCAAAGAAAGCUUAUGAGGCAAAGGCACAUAAGCAUAAUAUUGAUGCUAAUAAUUCUGAAGCAGAAAAUUCUGAUAACUUUUUUUAUGAUGAGGUAGUUGAAAAUAACAAUGUUGCAAGUAUUCUAAUUAAAAUUGAAAAUAAUAAUGAUGAAGGCUUUGCAAAAAAACUUUUAAAUGCAGCAAAUACCUUUUAUUGUAAAAGUGAUUCUAACAAAUCUCAUAAGCCGUGUUACUUAGAAAACUCUAUUCGUACUAAAAGAAGAAAGAGGCAACAACAGUAUGAAGCAGCAAAAGGAAUGCCUAUAUUGUUUACCUUUUGGAAUCAAGACAAAACUGUUGAAAAAAAUAUUGAAGCAGAAUUGUUUAACAAUGGAUGGCCAAACGAAGUUGAUAAAGAUGAUACUGGAGGGCUAUCAGAAGAUGAGAUUGAAACCUCUAAUUGGCAUAAAAGAACAAAACUGCACUUGAAAACAUA